AGUGGCAUCUUAGCUACUUCUCAUAUGCAUGUAAUUUCAAUGGGAUCUGUAUCUGCCUAUGUAAAAGCAGUAACUUACUUUGAGUGUUUCAUUCUCCCUCAAGCGGACAGGACAGGGCAGGAGGACCUUCAGCUGGCUUAAUGCGCAUUACAGAAACGUUUUUGAAACUGAAGAUGGAUAUUAUCUACUUCGCAGCACUUCCCUUGGUUAUUUGUAUUUCAGUAACAUUAGGUUUGAAAGAAUCUCAUUAUAAAAAGACAACCAGUGGAACUCCAGCCGUUUUAGUCAACUCCCAGCAUCUUCAGGCACAGGAAGUCUUUGGACUAGUGUCAUGUGCCAUGCUGUGUUCCCGCAUGUCAUGCCAGGAGUUCCAGUUUUCAGACACAAGCAGCAUGUGCAUCACACGACACACAGAGCCAAUAUCUGACGGCGUCAUUAACCCAGGCAGUGGCUUGUUUGACAUCUACGACUACGAACAAGAUCCUAGCACAUGUUUUGAGAUCAGGAAAAACAACCCAACAGCUCAAAGUGGAGAGUACAACAUCUUGCCCUUGGCUCCUCAGUUUAAGGGUGCGUCAGUGAAGGUCUACUGCUUGAUGACUGAUACACACCAGCUGGAGUAUGUCACACUGCCAAAUAGGAACAUUGGAAACUUUCCUAAAAGGUCGAAUAAGGAUUGUGUGAAGGAAAUGCCAUAUUUAGUGGAUGAUGGUGUUGGCCAAGACGGAGUAACAGUGUUUCAUAGAAUCAGAGUUCAGCCAUCGACUAUGACUGUUGUGAGAACUGACACCACCUUCACAAGCGGGAACAAGACGAAGCCACAUACAUUUGGUUCAGCAGAAGAUUGUUACUCAAUUCCUGGAAGCUGUAAACGAAUAGGAACCUUUAACAUCGACACACUGGGUACAGGGAUGAAGUUCUCUACAAAUCUAACGUGGACUGAAAAAGGAACUGUAGGCAAAGUGCACAGUAUCACCCGGACACAGAAUGGCGCCGUCAUUGAUGUGGUGUGUGGAGGAUGGUGUGGGAGAUGCGACCCUGUUGGAGACAUGAUCCUCUACCCAAACAAUCUGGAUAUUCAGCCAUAGGUCAACUCGGUGUGUGGAGGAUGGUGUGGAUUGUGUUAAGUGUCGAUUCCCAAAUUGAAAUAUUAAGUUUACCCAGAAAUCUGUACGUAAAAAAAUUGAGUGUGAAACAAACAACCUCCCAUCCACAAUUGUGCAAUAAAAUGAACUCGGUUUAGAAAUAAUUACAAAUUACUGCACAGCAAUUACAAAAUCCGGCCACGGUAGGAUGAUAGUACAAUAUUCAAUGUCAAUAAUAUGAAAGCAAUUGUCAGUCCGAAAAUUCAGUCAUAAGCCCGGUGUGUGGAGAUGUUGUGGACGGAUGGAUGGUCAGGAUUGUAGAUCCUGAAUGAGAUGUGGUUAUCUACCCAAACAGUCUGGAUAUUCACCCACUCUUGGUUUUGGAACAUGGUGUUGUUGAUGUUGAUGUUGCGGAUGAUUUUCGAAAUCAGUCUUGACAAGCAUCUCUUAGAUAAGCUUGCAAAGUUUCAUUCAUGUAACUUCAGUAAGUUUAAGAGAAAACUUGUCCCCAUUUCACUUAGUAUGCCCAUAGUUGAAAAGCAUGGAGCAAGGGCCAUAACUCUGUAAAAAUGAAUUAAAGACACCAAUUUUCGAAUUCAUUUAAGAUCAUGACCAGUGAUAUCACUUGUAAAAUUUCAUUUGUCUGACUUAAAUAAGUUUUAACGG